AUGAAAAUACCUAGACAGCAACAAGAAGAUGCGUUCCCAAAUGGUGAACUUUUAAGAGAAAUAGCAGAGUUAAGGGAGUUAGUGUCAAGAGGAAAAGAUGGAGGAAAAAGACAGCUUGAAGAAGCGAUAAAGGAAGCAGCGGGAACUCCAUUCGCCCGACAGAUACAGUUAAUAACAAUACCAAGGAAAUGCACCCUACCAAAGUUUCCUAGUGUUUUUGAUGGAUCAACUUGUGCAAUUCAUCACAUCAAGACAUAUAGUCUAGCUUUGUUACAAUAUGAGAAUAAUGACGCGGUAUUGUGUAAGUAUUUUCCAGCUAGCCUUGCAGGAGAAGCCUUAAAGUGGUUCGAUGGAUUCCAUGAGGGAUCAAUAAAUUUAUUUGAGAAACUGCAGAUUUUAUUCUUGGGACAGUACAUGAGCAGCAGUAUGAAAAAACAUGGAAUCGAGAAAUCAUUCAGCCUACGAAGAAGAAUAAAUGAAAGCCUGCGAGAUAUGACCAACCGAUGGAGGACGCUGAGUAACGAAAUGGCAGGGCGAGUGGAUGAGAGAAACCUAAUUUUAUCAUUCAUUAAUGCAUUGUUUCCAACUGACUUGUUAUUUACACAGAUAUUCAAGAUAAAAGAUAGGAUAACAAUGACAGAACUACGCGAGUAUUAG